GUGUGUGUGACUGUAUGUGGGUUUAUCUGGACCGGGUUAGAUUAAGUUAAACCCGGGUUAGUCCUGGUUACGUGUGACUCAGAUCCUCCACGCAGCUGAACUCAGGGGCCAUGAUUUUAAUUAUGGGCGUGGCCUCUGUGGUCACGUGGUGCAGGCCUUUGUUGAUGUAGAGACCAGGACAAAAAAAAAAAGGUCCAGGAUUUUUGAGCGACCGCGUCCGUGUUUCGUCCCCAGCUCACACUCACUGCUCUCCGGCCUGAGCGCUGCUGAAGCCCCCGCUGCUCCGACUCUGACCCGGUUCUCCUCCGUGGCUCUGCGGUUCUUCUCCCCGCGGUGUGAGAGUGAGGCGGCGGCGGUGUGAUGGAGGCUGAGGCCGGGCUGCGGCUGUAGGGGGUCGGUGUGUGUGUGUGUGUGUGUGUGUGUGUGUGUGUGGAGACCCAGGCCCUCCUCCGCUUUGUUGUCCACCGCGCUGAUUUCCGUCGUUUUUCCGUCUCUUUGAGGACAAAUGGACUCGAACCGGACCUGAGCCGUUUGUGUUCACAUUUGUGUGUGUGUGAUUUGAGGAGGAAAAUCCCUCUUCACGUGUAUCUGUUUCCUUUCAUCACCUCCUCCUGCUGCUGCUCCUCCUCCUCCACCAUGGCUCCUCCAGGAGGCCGCGGCUCCUCCAGCCUCUGCAGCCUGCUGCUCCUGCUGCUCCUCCCCGCCGCCCGGUGCUCCUUCCCCCGCGGCGGCGCCGCUCUGGACUGCGGCCCCGGUAAAAGCGACUGUCCAGAUUUGUCGGAGAAGAAGAGCGACCUGCGUGUGUGCGACGCCGGGACGUGUCGCUUUGGAGGAACCUGUCGAGAGAACGGAGCCGACAUCAAGUGUGUGUGUCAGUUUCAUUGUAAUAAGAAGUAUGUACCCGUGUGCGGCUCAAAUGGAGACACGUACCAGAAUGAGUGUUUCCUGAGACGAGCCGCCUGCAAGAAGCAGAGAUCCAUCAGCAUCGUGUCAGAGGGGCCCUGUUACCACGACGCUGGCUCAGGAUCUGGUGAUGGAGAUGAUGAAGGCUCUGGUCGAGGAAAGAAGGCCUCGAAGUGUGGAAUCUGCAAGUUUGGAGCCGAGUGUGACGAAGACUCUGAGGACACAUUCUGCAUGUGUAACAUUGUGUGUAACGGUCACAACGAUAACCCAGUGUGCGGCAGCGACGGUGUCACCUACGACACGCCCUGUCACGUCAGAGAGGCGUCCUGCCUCAAACAGCUGAAGAUCGACAUCAGACAUGUGGGACGUUGCCAAGAUAAAAACAGGAAAGACGACGGUGUGAAGACCAAACCCGACAUCUAUGCUGUGUCUAAGCCUGGAGAGGGGGAGGGGUUUGUGGAGAGGCCAACACCCUGUCCUGAUGACUAUGCAAAUUUCUGUGAACACGGAGAGUGUGAGAUGAGACAAAACCUGGCAACCUGCAGGUGUGACUCAGCGUACGGCGGCUCUCAGUGUGAUCAGCUGUUGGAUUUUAACGUCCUCUACGUCGUCCCCAGUGGUCAGAAGCUGCAUUACGUCCUCAUCGCCGCCAUCAUCGGUGCCGUGCAGAUUGCUGUCAUCGUGGCCGUGGUCAUGUGCUUCACCAGAAGGUGCAACAAGACAAAGCGUGGGCGGCGGCAGAAGCAGCACCUCGGUCACUUCCCGUCGGGGACGUCCUCCAGGAUGAUGUAGGGACGUCCUCUCGUCCUCCCGUCCUCUCUCGUUCUCCCUCGUCCUCCUGUCCUCUCCACACAGACGGACUGUUUUUGAAGAAUUCCACUUGUUUGUGCGUCUGUUUGGUUUUUUUGAAACUGGAUCCUCUGAACACAAACUGUAUUUAUGGGACUGUAGCGCCUGCUUUGGCCUGUGGGAGGCGCUCACAUGCGUUGUUUUUUUAAAUCCUGAAUUUAUGUGGUUUGAAUCUUUCAGCUUGAAAAGUGAAAUAGUUUUUCUGAAUAAAUAAAUAAAGAGGGAAAACUUGUCAUUUAAGGGAGUUUUUCAAACCACAUGAAUUCUUAUUUUUGUGUUAAAUUCAUUUAAAUAUAAAAUAUUCAGUUAUUAAUGAGAUUUUUUAAACUUGUUUUGUACUUUUUUUUAUUUAAUUGACUUUUCUUGUGUCAGUGGUUCUGGUUUUUGUCCUCAGUGUGUUUUAAGGCCUUAAUCCUCCAGGGGGCGCUCUAUGUUGAGAGGACAGGACCAUCAGGGACCACUAGCGCCCUCUUGGCUUUGUCUGCUGCAGUGAACUCUUGUCAAACGUGUUUUUUUAAUUCUGUUUUAUUAAUUUGCUGAAUCUCACAGGGUUUAAAAAAAUAACUGAUGUGAUUUAGUUAAGUUUGUUGAUGAGACGCACCUGAAAACCAAAAUGCUGUUUUUUCUACUGCCUAUUAUUAAUAAUAAUAAUGAUGAUAAUAAUAAUAACGUGUACAGGUUUGUUGUUAGAAUGAUUUGAUUCCAGUGCUCGUUUUUUGACGAUAAUUUAAGUUUUUUUUCUAUCGAUGGUACAACGUGUCGUGGUAGAAGUAGAAGAAGAAGCUUGGCCGUGUUUCCGGCGGACGUCACAUGUGAAGCUGUGUCAUGUGACGUCUGUGGGAACCUGCUGAAGAUGCUGCAUGAAAACAGUGACGUUGAUGUUUAGACUGAGCUGAAGCUCCACUAGAAUUAAACAAUGAUGAUGUUUCAA